AUGGACGCUAACGAGGCGAAUCAUAACGCGGAUGGAGGAGCAAUGACACGUGUCACUGAUCAAGGCACUGAUGUUAAUGUUGACUCCCAGGGAGCUAUUCCAGUGCAAGGCACGGAGAAGAUGGAAGACGGAGACGGCACGGGAGAUCUAGCGGGGGCAGAGGCUAAGGAAGCGGAUUGUCCAGCGAAGCAGCCGAAAGGAAAAGGAAGACCACGGAAGGUGGCGAAGCCUGCUCCUGCUCGGUCCCGAACGGCUCCUGCGCCUGAAGAGGAGGAGGUCGUGGUAGCACCUGAAGCUGCUGGCGAAGCUGCUUGUACCGAGGAUGCAGCAGGCGGAGAUAAGACGAAGGAAAUGGAGGAAGUGGAGGAGGUGGAGGAAGUACAGGAGGUGGAGGAGGUUGUGGGAGACGAGAAGCAGAAAGAGGACGCAGCAGAAACUGCUAUUGCCACUGACGUGGAAAGCUCGGCUGCAGCAGCAGACAAGCGCGGAGGUGCGAGAGGACGCCGAGGCAAGAAGGCAGCAGUUUCCGAAACUGUUGACGAAGCUAGAGAAAUUGUGCCAGUUGUGGAGAGGCGAGCCACUCGAGCCUCGGCCAGAGCUGCUGCUGCUGCUGCUGGCGGUGCUGGUGCUGCUGGUGCGCCUGCUGCUGCGCAGCUGCCACCUCUACCUCGCCGGGGACGGCCAAGGAAGGCUCAGAAGCAAUCGGACGAACCAGCGAAAGCUCCAGCAGAGAAGAGGGCGACGAGAGGCAGAAAGAGAGCAACCGGGAAUGAAGCAGGCAGCAGCAGCUGCAACAGUGGCUUGGACGCAGUUGCUUUGGCUGCAGACGCACCUGUUCACGUGAGUCUUUCUCCCGAGAAGGAAGUCAAGACGGUUGUUGUGACUGUUAGCACUGGUGAUGCUUUUGGAACGUCCUCCCCUGUACGUGUGGGUGGAGCAUCGGCUGCUGCUGCGGCUGAGGGUGGUGGUAAUGAUACGACUGUUGGUGCAUCCGCUGACUUGGCUCCAUUGGAAUCCGCUGGCCAAAUGGCCGCUGACGCGGAGGGCGAGAAGGACGAGGAGGAAGUCAAGGAGGGGGAGGAAGUAAAGGAAGGCGAGGAAGGGAAGGAGGAGGAAGGGGAGGAAGCGAAGGAAGUGAAGGAAGGGGAGGAAGGGAAGGAGGAGGAAUUGGAGGAAGCGAAGGAAGUGAAGGAAGGGGAGGAAGGGACUGAAGCGGACGACAGUAUGGAGGUGUGUGAGGAGGUGAAAAUGGUGGCAGAGGAGACUCUAGUGGAGCCUGCAGCAUUUGGAGCCAUUCAGCAUGCAGAGCCUGAGGACCUAAACGAAGCAGCUAUUGGUGAAGAUGAAUCCGCGACCGUGCUGCCAGUAUCGGAUGUUGGUGUGGAGGUGGCAGCAGCAGCCAGUCCAGGAGAGGAGCUCGGUGGCCUUGGUAAGGCAAUGCGUGAAGAGGAAGUUGAGACUGCGCUGGGGGUUGAGUCUGGCAGUCCAGCUCUUGCUGACGAGAAGCAGGCAGUCGAGGGGGUUACAGAGGCGGCUGCGGUUGUUGAGGAGGGAGAAGUGGAGACUGCAGAGGAGAUGCAGGAGAAGGAUGAUGCAAGGGUCGCAGCUUCUGACCCUGUGCAACCACCUGAAGGGACGGUAGACACGGAAGACAUGGAAGCCGCGGAAUGCCAAGCGGGUGCUGCUGAGUGUGAGGAGAGGACUGCGCGUGAUGCUGAGCUGGGAGUGCUGCCGACGGGAGAGUCUGGCGCAGUAGUAACUAAGCCACGGAGGGCCGCGAGUGGCUGCUGUGUUGGCGGUUAUGCGGAAGCAGAUGAGAGGCUCAGAGUUCCAAGGGAGGAUGUAGCGCCAGAAGUGAUUGUUGCCGGGCCAACAGAAUCCGUGGCAGGAGAGGAAGAAGAGGAGAAGGCGGAGGAACAGGAAGACGGGAAGGAGGAUGAGGAAGGGAAAGAGGAGAAGGGAGAAGAGAAGGAGGAGGAGAAAGUAGAGAAAGGGGAAGAGGAAGUAGAGGAGGGGGAGGAAGUAGAGGAGGGGGAGGAAGAAGAGGAGGGGGAAGAAGUAGAGGGGGAAGAAGUAGAGGAGGGGGGAGAAUUGGAGGAGGGGGAGGAAGUAGAGGAAGGGGAGGAAGUAGAGGAGGGGGAGGAAUUAGAGGAGACGAUGGACGGAAGGGGAGACAACGAUGCGUUGGGAAAGGAAGAGGAGGAAGUGGAAGCGAGGGAGGUUGUCAGCAUGGAGGUAGAAAUGGGUAGUACAGCAGCAGAGGGUGAUGAGCACCGGAUCGAGGCAGAGGAAGUGGGUGGUGUUGGCACAGAGAGUGACUCGCUCUCACAAGGGGAGAUGGAGGAGAAAUCGGUGUUGGGAAUAGACGGAGGCGAGGAGGACAGUCCUGGAAUGUCGGAGUCCAUUGAACCCGGUGCGGAUGCUGCUGUUUCGGAAACGCCUGAAGCUGACGUCAGCCUGUUGGAAUCUCCUGAACCUGAGGAAGCUGCGAGAGAAGCUUCUUCACCACAGGCGUGCUUUUUGGUGGCAGAGGGCAUUGAUGAGGAGACGAGGGAAGAGGGAGGAGGCGGUGAUGGAGAGAGUGAGGCUGAAGACAUGGAGAUUGAGGAGGAAGAGGCGGCGGAGGAGGAAGAUGGGGCGGAGGAGGAAGUGGGGGCGGAGGUGGCGGCUGCAGGUACUGUGGCUGAGUGUGCCGAAGGCCUUGACGGGACGCCAGCUCCACAAGGCUCAGAGGCAGAUAGACAUGCGGGGGCAGUAGAGGCGUCAGACGCGUCAGAAGGACCAGAGGCAGCAGAACGGCUGGAGGUAGCCGAGGCUGUAGAGAGCAGCUUGGGCUUGGUGGCCCAUUCAGUUGGCACAACCGUCGCGGAUGAUGCACUGCUGUGUGAAGGUGACUCUGCGGUUGAGGAGGAGGGGGAGGAGGAUGAGGAGGAGGAGGAAGAGGAGGAGGACAAGGAGGAAGGGGGAAAGGAGAGGCGAGAGGAGGAGCAAACGGAGAAUGAAGAGGAAGUAAGAAAGGAUGCAGGGGUGGAGGAGGGGAGGGAAAAGAUGGAGGAGAAGGAAGAGACGGAGGAGCAGGAAGAAAGCGAGGAGAAGGGAACGGAAGUGAGUGAUGAUAUGAUGAAGGACGGUACAAAAAGAGCAGCAGGGCAGCACAGGGACGUCACUGGGGGAGAAGAAGCGUUGACUUCUAGGGCGCAGGAUGCGAAACCGGACGAGGUGGGAUCAACCCCGAGCUUCAAGAGAGAAGAAACGAGCAUUGAUGGUUCUGGCUUCGAUAAAGAGGAGCAAACCUUCCAUGGCUUUCCUAUAGCCAGGGAGGAGGCGACCGUGCACGGGCUCCGGGUGCUACGCAGCAGCAGCAGGGUAGCGGCUAGUGCAAGAAAAGCCCCUGCUGCUAGUGCCAGCAAAGCAACGCGCAGCCGGACAAGGGGCGGAGGCAGAGGUAAGAACGUGGGCAGUACGGAGGCUGCUAGUGCUGCUGGGACUGGCAGGAGAAGGGGCCGAGGACAGACUGCGACUGAUAUGGUGCGAGAGGCUGGGGCUCUUACCUUCGCUGCAGCAGGAGGUCUGAUAGAUGAGGCGGGUGGGACCAACGCUGAUGCUGCUGUGGAGGAUGUUGAUCCGGCUCAAAAGUCGCCUGAUGCUGCUGCGGAGACUUCCGAGGCAAUUCUUAAGUCGCCGGAUGCAGCUGUGGUUGAAGGACCGUGUGAUGAUCCUGCGGAGAUGGUGGGGAUGGGAGAGACGGUGAAGGAAGCAGAGCAGGAGGCGGAGAAGGACGAGGAGGAGGAGGCGAGUCAGAGUAGUGGGAAGAAGCUGAAGGUGGGAAACAAGGAGCUGCGUGAAAAGGGGGACGGAGAGAGGUCCAAGCGUAAAGAGAAGGGGGAAGAAAUGAGGUAUGAGGUUGAGGAGAAGGGGACUGGUGUGGCUGUGUCAGUAAGCUGUAAGGAGAACGACGAGCCAGCGUUACGGACCAAGGAUGAAGCUCAAAUGGAUAGCAAAGCUGCUGCUGACAGUGAGGAUGUGAAUGGUGAAGAGAAGGCAGGAGAGGCGAAGGAAGGUGCCGCAGGCAGGAGAAGAUGUGUGCUGGCUCGACUUAGGGCGCAGGGCGCUGCUGCUGCUUUCGGGGGCACUGCCUUUGGCAGGGGCAUGGUUGAAGGAGCGAAGAGCAGGGCGGAGGGGGAUGAGAUUCUGCAGCAGCUGCGAAAUAACGGUAGGAUGAAGAGAGUGAAGUGUGCAGGAGGUGCGGCAGGAGGAGGUGGAGGGUUCUUGGCGGAGUUGAGAAGCGCUCUGGCGCGGCAUGGUGGGAGUGAGGAGCGGGAGGAGGGGGAAGAGGCGGUGGCAGAAAGGGAGGGAGAAGGAAUGGGAAUGGAGAGCAAAGUAGAGGAAGAGAGGGAACCUGGGCAUGACGUGGUGCAGAGCGAACGGGAAAAAGAGGUGGGAGAGGCGGAUUUGAGUGAUAGGAGCUUCAGUUUGGGUAAAGGUGGUGAGGUUGAGAAGGACGAGGUUCAAGCAAGCAGGGAGAAAGCUUUUGACGAGGACAAAGAGGUGAUGCUAGAGUCGGUGUCUGAUGCUAAUGUGGACGAGGGAGGAAUGGAGGAUGAGGAUGAGGGAGGCAAGGAGGAAGAGGAGAGGAAGGACGCAUGUGGCGACGACGUGGGGAAUGCGGAUGGGAGGGAAGAGGAGCUCGAGGAGGGGGCUGAGGAGGAAAUGGAGGAGGAAGAGAAAGAGGGAGAGGACGAGGAGGAAGGGGAGAUAGAGUGGAUGGAUGGCCAGUGCGUGGUAGGUGAAGCAGAUAAAUGCGCAGAGGAUGAAGCAGAUGCUGAUGAGCCAUUGGACGAUGUGGCAGCUGCGGAUGAUGGUGUGGAUGACGCAGCUGAUGAGGUAGAUGACGUAUCUGAGGAGCUGGAUAUUGCAGCUGAUGAUGUGGAAGCUGCAGGUGAUGAGGUGGAUUCUGCAGCUGAUGACAUGGAUGUCAUGUCUGAUGACGAGGAUGCAGCCAGUGAGGGACAUAUGUCCGAGGGCCAUGAUGGAAAUGAUGGUGAUGGUGAGUGUGGUGGAGAUGACAGGGAUGAGGAGGAGGAAGAGGAGGAGAAGGAGGAGGAGGAGCACGUCUGUGCAGAGAGUGACGAGGUCUUGCUUCCUGCAGGUGAUGAGUUGCAGGAGCAAGGGCGAGUCUACAAUGUAGUGAGCGCCAAGGAGGAAGGAGAGACGGAAGAGGAGGAAGAGGAGGAAGCGGAGAAACAGCAGGAAGAGGAGGAAGAAGGGGAGGAAGCGGAGGAACAGCAGGAGGCGGAGGAGGAAGUGGGGGAACAAGACAACGAGCAAGGUAGUGAGGCGGUAGAUGAAGAAUGCAUCGGGCAGGAGCAAGGGGAAUUUGCAGAGGAGACGAGUGGUGAAGGGGCAGCAGACAUGGAGAAUCAGUGUGAGUUGAAAUCCUCUGUGGGUGGUACGGCUUGCAGUGAUGCUUCUGCUGAUGCGAGCAGGAUAAUCAAGGUCCCGCAUACUGCUUCUGAGGCGAAGGAUAAUCAAGGUCUCGCAGCAGUUCCAGGGGGCUCCAUUCCUAGCGAGAUCAGAUCCACGAUGCUGAGAGCCCCAGUCAGCAGAUCACUAGCUUCCACCCCCGGAAUUGAGAACCCAGCCUUAGAACCAGCGAUUCGUUGUGCCUCACUGGUUGGGAGCUCUGCUGCAUGGACAGCACAAGCAGGGUCAGCAGCAGCAGUCCCUUCUGCCGCAGCAUCCAGGAUUGUGGGGCAAGGAGGGAGGUUCGUAGGCGCCUCUCGGAUUCUGGGAGGGGGGCUGCUUACUGGUGGAGUGACAGCAGCUGUUGGUGCUGGCAAUGCGUCUGGUAGCGGUUUGGGGGUCAGUGGUGGAAGGAGUGUGGUGGCUGGUGCAGGGAGCAGUGCAGCAGGAAGUGCGGGAGCAGCGGGAGCAGGGGGAGCAGCGGGAGGAGCAGCAGGUGCAACGGUGGGAGCAGCGGGAGCAGUGGUAGGGUCACGUUUUGCAACAUCAACCACCUCGUUUGUGUCACUAAUCAUGAAAGCUCAACCAGCCCCACCCCCUCCUGCGUCGGGGAAGCAGAACGUCCAAGUGAAAGCGCUAGCAGCGGCCGAGGCAGCAAGGCUGGAAGCAGAGCAGAAGGCGGAGGAGAGGAAGCAGAGGCGGAUCGCAUUGGAAAAACGGCGGGAGGAGCGAGGGAAGGCAAAAGCGGAAGGAAAAGAGAGCGUUUCAGAUGCAGCAACGGGUGUGGCUGGGAGAAAGGGGCGGGAAAGAGGGGUAGCUGUUGCAGACCAACCCCCUGCAACGCCUAAAGGCUCUGGUGGGGUGCGUGUGGGGGUUACUGAUGCUGCAGAAGCACGGGGAACAGGUGUUAAGACGAGAUCCGGAAGGAAAGUGGAGGUGGGGAUGAGUGAGCGGGAGGGCGUGCAAGGGAAGAUGCAGAAAGCGAUGCAGUCUAGGAAGGAGAAGGAGGAAGAGAAGGCGAGGAGGUUGGAGGAGGCGCGGGAGAAGGAGGAGGAGGAGAGGAGGAGGAAGGAGGAGGAGCGGGUGGCGAGGAAGAGAGAGAGGGAGGAGAUGGAGAGGGCGAAGGUGGAGGAGAAGAGGAGGCGGGUGGAGGAGGUGGCAAAGGCGAAAAAGGAGAUGGAGGAGAAGGCGAGGCAAGAGCACAUGGAGAAAGAGAGAAGCAGGAAAGCCAAGGAAGAGGAAGAGAAGGCCAAGAAGGCCGCAGAGGAGGAGGCGAAGCGGCAGAAGCGGGCAGAACGGGAGAAGGAGGCGGAGAGGCGGAGGAAGGAGGAGGAGCAACAGAAGGCUGCGAAGCUGGCUGAGAAAGAAGCAGAGAGAAAGAGGCGGGAGGAGGCAGCAGAGGCAGAGAAAAGGCGGAAGGAGGAACUGGCUGUGCAGCACAGGAGGGAGCACGAGGAGAUGGAGAUGCGGAGGUUGCAAGAGGCCAGAAAAGGGGUGACUCAAGACCCAGCAGCACCGCCACCAGCAGCAGCAGCAGCAGCAGCAGGGCAGGCUAGAAACUCCCACGCACCUUCCUAUCGUCCCUCUACCUCCAACCCCUCAUCUGCCGCUCCCUCCUUCACCUCCUUUCUUGUUCCAGGCAGCCGGCCUCCUAAGCUCUCUGGUGUUCUUAUAGGGGGUGGGCUUGCAUCGAGAGGCUCUGCUGCACAGCUGCAGGGCAAUGGCAGCACGGAUGAUAAGCAGAACAGUGCCAGGCCUAGUGGGGUGAACAGUGGCAAUACGGCCAGCAAUUCUCGUCUCACUUCUGGAACUGCAGGGCUGCUCAGCACAGGGGUCGGGACCAUGGGCUGCAGUGGCAUUAACAUGGUUAGUUCCAGUUGGGAGGAUGGAAAGGGCGGCGUGCGUUGGAGCGACGUGAGAUCGGGCGGCACAGGGGCCAUGUCGGUCGGCGCUGGAUCAGGAGCGGGCGGCGGGUUUGCCAUGGGGCCUCCUCCCCCCAAGUUCACAAUGUGUGGAGGUAUUGGAGGAGCAGGAGCAGCAGGAACAGCAGGAGGGGAGAGGAUGAUAUUUCGGUCUCGACUCACUGAGACUCUCACAGGAAGGGUGGGGGAGGAUGGUAAAGGGUGCGAUGGGGGAGGGGCAAAAAGCCUCGCUGGUUGCAGUGGUGGUGCAGCCAAGAGUCUUACUGGAGGCACGUUCAUUGCCAUGCCCAAGCCAAGCAGCGCCUCUUUCCUCUCAGGCACUUCCGCUGCUGGUGCUCUUACGUCUUCUGCUUUGGGUACCUCUGCUGCUGGUGCUCUUACUUCUUCUGCUUUGGGUACCUCUGCUGCUGGUAGCUUCACUGCUGCUGCUGCUGCUCCCAAGGUAGUGGUCGCUCAAGGUGGUUGGAUUCGAGCUGGGGGUGGUAGCAGCAGCAAUGGUACCAGCAUCGGUAAAUCUUCUGCUUCAACCCCUCUUCUGGCAUCUGUGCCUGCCAAUCCUGCCCCUUUCUCUGUAUUGGCCCCUUCGUCUGCUGGUGUGGUGUCAACAUCUUGUGCUUCUGGUGCUACUGCCUCUGUUGCUGCUGUUGCUGCGUCCUCUGCUGCUGGCUCUACCACCCCUUCAGCUGCUGCCGGUUCCUCCUUGCCUAGUCCGUCGGCAACCCCUCAGGCGUCUAAGAGUGUUGCUAGUCUUAGGGAGUGGGCCACAGAGAAGACUGGUGGUGCAGCGAAGGCAGGAGCACAAGGGAACGGAAGGAAUCUGGCAACUGGUAGCACAUCUGCUGGGCUUGGGAGUAAGACAAAAGCACGAGGAGCUGGUUCGGUGUCAGGUGCAGAAGUAACUGCUACUGGAGGUGCUUCAUCUGCGUCAUCAGGAGCAGCAGCAGCUGCUGAAAAAGGAGGAGGGAAUGGACUGAAAUCACGGAUUCCUGGGUCCAGCAGAGUCAACCAAGCAAAGGCACAGUUUGAAUCGAAGCAAAGCCAACAGCAGCAGCAGGAACGGGAAUGUCAGGAGACGAGUUUCAGCAAACAGAGAGUCCUAAGAAGCGCUUCCAAAGCUCGUCCUGCUGCUGCUGCUGCUAGUGCUAGCAAUGGGAGUACACUUAAUCCCAGUAACAAGGUGGCUGCUGCUGGUGGCAGACUGGCUGCUUCAACUCAACCGGGCAUAACACGCGGCUCGGUUAAGCAAGCAGCCAAGGAAAUCGCCUCCAAGCUCAUGUCACCCCCUCCUUCCUCCUCCACCCGUUUCCGCACUGCUGGGAUGUCUCACACAGCCGAAGCAAGCACCCCAGCUUCCUGUACCAUCACUGUAGCACCUCCCGUUACAGUCACCCCUCCAGACAGCCACAGCUCCCCUCCCAGUGCGUCUGCCCCUGUGCUACCGGCCGCAGGCGGCCAAUCAGGGAUGCGGUUACCAAGUAACCUCGACCAUGUGAUUUUGUCUCCUUCGGUCACCCCCAGGAGAUCCAAGAGGAAGCUUGCUCCUGGGGCAGGGACCACUGCAGCAGCAGCGGCAGCAGAGGGGAUACGUUCGUAUGAGAUGACUCCAGAUAGGAUGGAUUCGGAUGAAGAGGAUGAGGACGAGGAGAGGGAGCGACGGGCAAAGAAACCCAUUCCUGCAUGGGCAAGGUCGUGCAAUGUGAAUGCGCAGGUGCAGAAGCAGCACGGGGUGGACCCAGAUACUGUCUUCCCCAGCUGCACCCGCACUGUCAGCUUGAGAGAAGGUCGGUAA